AUGCCAAAAGCAGCCUGGCCUGAACAGGAGGUCAGGGACGUGCGAUGUCAAAAUCUGAUCUUCUUGGACUUGGAGCUCACUUCGGGCUUCUACGACUUCGAAGAUGAAUCGGAUAUUCUCGAGGUGGCAGUGAUUGUCACAGACAAAGACAUGGAAGAGCUCGACCGAGGGCACUGGGUUCUGGGUGGUUUUAGCCGGCAGCACCUUGAAAGCCUUGGCGACUUUCACAAGGAGAAUUUCCGGGAUGCAGAGCCGGGGGGAGAGUUUCCACCAUUUGGACCGGAUGGUGGUAACGGACUCUUCUCAGACGUGCUCGCAUCCAGGCUGUCCUUGGAGCAAGUGGAGUCCGAAGUCAUGGAACUCAUCGAGAGGCACUGUCCUCUUGGAGAGUGCCCUCUGGUCGGAUACUCUGUGCAGUGUGACCGCGAAGUCAUCAAGGACAAAAUGCCAAGGCUGUAUCGCCAUUUGAGCCACCAGAUCAUCGACGUGUCUGGCUUCUUCACCGUUGCCCGAUAUUGGUUGCCCGAUCGCUGGCAAGACUGGGAUCGAAGGUCCAACAGCUACAACCAUCGGGCUCUGAAUGAUGCUGAAGAUGCCAUCGAAGCCAUGCGAUGGGUCCGCCAGAAGUUCUUCUUUCCCGACUGGACACCCCAGGAGAUAAAGCAGCUGUCGUCCAUGAAAUUCUGA